UGAAAGUGUUUGACGGAACCGAUAGAAUCAUCGAAGAAGACACAGAGGCGGAGGAGCUAUGGCGCCGCUUCAUGUAUCGGCAUCGCUUUCGUCGUCGUUGCCACUUCUCUCUCCGCCACUAUCUUCACCGUCGCUAAACAGAGCUCCUAGUAAGUCUAUUGGUUGCUCUUUCGUCUCCGUUCAACGCUUCCCUCUGAGCCGAAAGACAAGGAAGCAGUUGCAGGUGGUGUCUAUGGCUCCUGAGGAAGAGAAGCUCACUCGUCGCAACCCUCUCGAUUUCCCUAUUGAAUGGGAGAGACCAAAGCCAGGGAGGAGACCAGAUAUAUUCCCCAAGUUUAGUCCUAUGAAGUCACCGUUGCCUCCUCCAAUGCCUUAUGAUCCUCCUGAAGAAGAUGACGAAGAGGAAGAGAAGAAAGAAGAAGAAACCGAAGACGACCCUGACAAGGAAGACGAGGACCAACCCAAUAACCAGUAGUAAGAAAACUCAUUUCUCAAACUGUUUGCUGUUGUUGUUAUUGUUGUCUUGUCUUGGAAACCUUAGU